AUGUCCCGCUUGUAUCCCCUCCAGGCUGGGUCCCGGCGAGCAGUCGUGGUGGAUCCUGCCUGCCCUCCUACUUGCCGGUGGCAGAGGCCGGGCGUCCCGCCGCACGCAUCCUGCGGGCGACAGAAAGAGGCUGCGAUUUGGGGGGCGCCGGUGGAGCGGGAGCCCCGAGAGAAAGUUGAGAGGAAGAAAGAGCAGCGGGGCGGGCCGCAGAGCCGCGCCUGCCCCAGUGCGGUACCGCCCGCCCCGUCGCGUCCCACGGAGCCGGGUUUGUCCCUGCGCGGAGCUCCGCGAGGUCCGGUCCGGCUCGGCGCCGCCAUUUUAACUCCGCCCGCGGCCGCGGAGGCACUGAGCGGAACUGGGAACCACAUCGGCCUAGCCCCACCGCCACCCUCAGGCCCGUUACCCCCUGCCCGUCCACCGGAGCAGGGGGCAGUUCGCCCGGUCCUGGCCUCCGCACCCUCUACGACGGCCCCUCGUCCCCAGGCCCGGAGUCCCCCGGCAGAGGUGCCCGGCCGGGAGAACCAGGACUUUCAGGGACUGCCACGAGAGAAGAAGCACUGCUAUGAGGUGCUCCACGUUCCCCCUUCCCGAAAGCCCUGCCCUCCUGCCAACGCAGACCGCUCCCCCUUCCACGGGAGAGAGCUGCGCCGUGGCAUCCCGCAGCCCCAGGACCCUGCGGCUCCGGUAGUGGCUCUCGGCAUCGACUUAGACACCCUUUGA